CAGUACCUGUCAGAUAAGCCCAACUAUCCCCUGAUCCAGACCCUGCUGGACUCUCUGCACCAGGACCUGAGGCUGCUGGUAGACCCCCCUGAUGGCAGCAAGGAGCACCCUUCCACCACCUGCAUGGAGCUGUGGCUCUGCCACCCCGACUACGCCAGCGGGAUGUAUUAUAUUGACCCCAACCAGGGCAGCCCCAAUGAUGCUCUCCUAGUCUACUGCAACUUCUCUGGCACACCCGCACAGACCUGCCUUCACCCCCGAGACGCCCAGAUGACCAUGAAGGCCUGGCUAAAGGAUUCAGAGACAAACAGCUCAUUCCAAUGGCUCAGCAAGCAGGAACAAGGAUUUCAGUUCUAUUACCCAGGGGCCAAUGUGGUUCAGAUGCGUUUCCUGAGGUUGCAGAGUUGGAAAGCCGUGCAAAGGAUCAUCUACUCAUGCCACCCGGGACACAGGCUGGGUCACACAGACAGAGAGGUCAAGUUCCUGGCAGACACAAGGAGGCAGAGUUUCUUGGGAGCACUUAAAGACUGCAUGCCUGGAGAAGAGGUGGAUUCGCUGGAGCCGCGGGAGUCUGUGUUUGAAUUUGAGGACCUCAACCUGCUUCCUGUGAGAGAUGUGGCUGUCUUCGGGGGUGGAAACUUCACACAUGAAUUUGGCUUCACCGUCGGGCCCAUCUGUUUCAGCUAGAGAGGGAGAGAGGGGGCCCUUAUUGCUCCUUUUCCACUUGCUUGGACUCACAGAGCCAGGAUAAGAGCCUGUGUUCAGGACCCCAAUACAUCUAGAGAACAAGAGGACAAAGGGAAUCGCUCCACCAUUUUGGGAGGGCAUCACUCCUCUUUCCAUGUGAUAUAUUUGUUGGAGAACAUCGAUCAAUUCUCUUGUCAACUGGCUCCACAUAAAUUACUCUUUGAGAGGGCAUCAACUUCCACAGGCUCAAAUUCUUUCGGACCAUUGUAUUUUUGUUUACAGAGACAUUUGUUGCGUAAUGAAUAAUUUAUAUAAUGUUGUUUUGAUUUCUAUAUGUAAUGGUUAUUUAGACUUUUUUUCCAAAACAUUUUAGAACAGCAGUUUAUGAUGCUGUAAAGCGUUCCAUUACAGCCAACAACUUAUUCUGUAUACAGAUAUUUAAUCACUCUUUUGUUGCUGAUCAUUUUUCUGCACAGCAGGACAUGCACACGUAUAGUGUAUUCCAUGUUUAAAAAGGCUUCUAAAGUUUGUAAUUUCCAUUUGAAAAUGUCAGACUUUAUUUGCCGUAACAAAACAAAUGUAUCAACCCCUAAAAAAAAUGUCCAUUAAUUACAAUCCACAUAAUAAUUCACAUUUCCUGUUGAUGCAGGAUUCUUUUCCUGCUGGUAGCAAACUGGCUCAAAUUAGAUCCUACAUCUGUAUGAACAGUCCUAUGCCAGAAUGGUCUGUUUUUUAUCUGAUGCAGUGGAUUCAAGCGGUCAACAAUGUGUUCUAUUUGGACACGACUAAUGUUGUCUUAUGGGUCAUCACUGACCUUUCAAAAGGUGCUUACUGAGAAACCACUGCUUGUACUUGAGGAGGCCAAAAAACCUGCUGUUGAGUUGUUGAUCUUGUUUCUUUAGAUUCUUUAGAUCUCUUGUAAUGAACCUAUUCCCUCCCUUUUGGCAGUGAUUGGGGCAAGAAACCUUAUUUCAUUCAUGCUUGACAUGUUCUGUUACUGGCCUAUUUCUUAUUUGUAAAAAAAGAUGUACCGCAUACUGUCAGUGCUUGUUUCAGCUCAUUCUUAUGGUACGGUCUCAGGUACAGUCUUGAUAUUCAACACAGACACUGAUGUGCACACUACGUGAUGUGUAUUAUUAAAAACAUAACUCUUUUGAUGUGUUUUAAAUCUGUUUUAGGUGUUCUAAUAAAGGGGCAUUAUGUUGGGCUGCUGGCUCUCCUGCUUUAGCACUGAGCAAUCGCUUUCCGAGUCCUCUCUUUGUUCAACAAACUAAGUGCUGAGGCUCAAAGAAAGGCAUCAUACACUGUAGCUGCUCAGCAAAGCUAGGAUUGCUGAAGAGGUGGUUUCAUUGGCCUGUGUUCACAAAACAUUUUAGUGUAGGAGUGCUGAUCAAGGAUCAGUUUAGCCUAUUAGAUCAUAAUUAUAUGGAUUUAGGGGCCUGAUCCUCGAUCAGCCCUCCUACUCUGAGACUGUGAAUAUGGGCCAUUGAGAGCAGUGCAUUUAAUAUUUUCAGUCACAGAACAAUUCAGUGCUGUAGUGGUCUGUCUCUAUGUGUAACGGCCAGCCAACGAACAGGGAAUUCAGGAAGGUCUCAGGGAGCGUUCAGUCUUAGCAUGCAGUAGCUUGCAUAAAGGAAUAUGUACUAUGUUACAUCUUAUAAGUACUCAACCCCAAAUCAGUAGCCACCUUCCAUUACAAACUCCAGAAAGAACUUUCCAAGCAUUGCUGAUAUAAAUGUUUGGUAAAAGGGUAGACACAGUGUCCUUUGUAGUAGAAGGCUUAUUCUCUAAAUGUUGUCUCCGAACACACUUGGAUCUCUGAUAGGUAGGGGGGAUAGGUAGGUGUAAUUAUUUCACGGUAAGGUUGUCUUCGGUGCAUGUGACAGAUAACAUUUGAUUUCUCAGGAACAAUGUUCAGGGUUUAUUAGAAAGUCAAUGUAUUAUUCAUUUAUCAAACAUUUUUGGUAUCCUAAACAUAUCCAAUUAGUAGCCUAACAUCAACAUUCAACAUGAUUGCCUUAGCUGGCUGAGACUGAUCAUUGGUGCUUUUUUAGUUUUUGUUUUGUAAAAAAUCUCAUCAUUUGAUUUUAUGUUAUUAUUGUCAGGAAAUUAUAUACUGGACAUGUUUAUACCUGUGUAUAAUUCAGCAUCUCAUUCAGAGAAAUGUAUUAGCUAAAUAAAA